GGAGAUCAAUUCUGUAACAAACUGGUGGUGGGCAGGGACCCAAAAGUUCCCACGCCUAAAAAACGGGAACUCUCGCUUGUUCUUAAAGAUCCUUUCUGUGCCAAGGCCGAGAAAAUAUUGCAGGUGGUGCAGCAAAGUAUCGCUGACAUUCUGGAUCCAGCGUUGGUGCAUUUGUGCUGCUUGCAGACUAGAAGACAGUGCCAUGGCUCGCAGUCUGCUGCGCCUGCCCCGCGCACUCAGCGCCCUCGGAGCACGGCAGCUCCAUGUGUCCGCACCCAGGCCAGCAGCAAAAGUGAGCCCGGCCGAGCUCACCAAGAUCCUGAGCGAGCGAAUCGCCAACUUCAAGGAGCAGGCGGACGUGCAGGAGGUGGGCCGUGUGCUCUCCGUGGGCGACGGCAUCGCCCGUAUCUACGGCCUGAAGGGUGUGAAGGCUGGAGAGAUGGUGGAGUUCUCCAGCGGCCUCAAAGGCAUGGCUCUCAACUUGGAGACAGACAACGUCGGUGUCGUCGUUUUUGGAGAUGACCGUGCCAUCGUGGAAGGCGACAGUGUGAAGUGCACGGGAACAAUUGUCGAUGUGCCGAUUGGCGAGGAACUGCUGGGCCGUGUGGUGGACGCCCUGGGCACACCUAUUGAUGGUGCUGGACCCAUCGCCACCAAGACCCGGCGCCGAGUCGAGCUGAAGGCUCCUGGCAUCAUUCCUCGCCAGAGCGUCCACGAGCCCAUGACCACAGGUUUGAAGGCAGUGGACAGCCUGAUUCCCAUCGGCCGUGGCCAGCGCGAGCUGAUCAUCGGCGAUCGUCAGACUGGCAAGACAGCCAUUGCCAUCGACACCAUCUUGAAUCAGAAGGCCAUCAACAACUCCCCAGACAAGUCUGCCCACCUCUACUGCAUCUACGUGGCGGUUGGACAGAAACGCUCCACUGUGGCACAGCUGUUCGAGAUCCUCCGCAAGAACGAUUGUUUGAAGUACACCACGGUGGUGGCCGCAACAGCCUCCGACGCAGCACCUCUGCAGUUCUUAGCCCCGUACACGGGCUGUGCCAUGGCUGAGUACUUCCGGGACAACGGCAAGCAUGCGGUCAUUUUCUACGACGAUCUCUCCAAGCAGGCCGUGGCUUAUCGCCAGAUGUCGCUUCUGCUGCGCCGGCCGCCUGGGCGUGAGGCCUACCCAGGUGAUGUGUUCUACUUGCACUCGCGGCUGUUGGAACGUGCUGCCAAGAUGAACGAGGCAACCCAGGGUGGCGGCUCCCUCACCGCCUUGCCGGUGAUUGAGACCCAGGCGGGCGACGUGAGUGCUUACAUCCCCACCAACGUCAUCUCCAUUACGGAUGGUCAGAUCUUCUUGGAGACCGAGCUUUUCUACAAGGGUAUCCGCCCCGCUGUGAACGUGGGUCUGUCUGUGAGCCGUGUCGGCAGUGCUGCGCAGAUCAAGGCCAUGAAGCAGGUGGCUGGCACCCUGAAGCUGGAGCUGGCGCAGUACCGUGAGGUAGCUGCCUUUGCGCAGUUCGGCUCCGAUUUGGACGCCGCAACGCAGCACCAGCUGCUGCGAGGUGGCAUCCUGACGGAGCUUCUGAAGCAGAAGCAGUUCGUGCCUAUGACCACGGCUGAGAUCAUCAUCUCGCUUUGGGCAGGAACGCGCGGCUACCUUGACAAGGUGGCCACGAAGGAGAUCUUGCGCUUUGAGGCCCUGUGGCUGAAGCACUUCAAGGACACUCGUGCCGACGUCCUCAAGGAAAUCAUGGAGAAGAAGCAGAUCACUCCAGAGAUCGAGAAUGGCAUCAAGACAUCCAUGGAAGAGUUCUUGAACAUGAAUGAGUUCGAGGGCCGUUCUUCGUAAAGGUGUGGCUGGGUUUAGCGAUGGCAAAAGGCCCCUGAUGGGGACUAGGUUGCACCGGAGAGUCUGAAGAGAGGAGCUGCAGAGAUGGAGAAGCAAGCUGUUGAUGAAUAAAUGGCGUUUCUGUGCUGGAGGCUGUUCUGGCCAGGAAAGGCCUCCGUUCUGAUUGAAGGGUGUGUGUUGAGCU